AAACGGUGUCGCGACGCAAGGUGUUUCGGUGUACGGUGCACGUUACGAGGAGGAUCGGGUGGACCGGGUCGAAGGAGAGACCAGCAGGAGAGGACGCAGCGAGAGAAACCGGGUGAAACGGAGAGGAACCGAAAGAGAGGGCGAAGGGAGCGCGCAAGAGAGAGAGAGAGAGAGGGAGGGUGGGAAGAGCGAGAGAGAGCGAGGGUGGGCGGACAGUAGUGCACGAGAGCAUCCCGUCGCCCACGAUAAUGCGACGUGCAGCUUCUUUACUCGUUCCUUCUGAAUAAGUGCUCGCUGGGACGGUCCCUUACCUGCAGGGAUAUGACGUAAUGGCAAGAGAGGAGUUACGGGCCAAGAGACCUUUUAAGAUAUGGGACAGCUGGCGUAACGUGAGAAAGGGACUGUGUGUUAGCACUUUCGAGGAACUGGUACAUCAAGGCAAAGAGAAGCUGGGCGUGCCACAGAACGAGAAUGUCUCUGUAGUGUUGGAGUCGGACGGGACGCAGAUAGAGGACGGGGAGUACUUUAGGACCUUACCAAACAACACGAUCCUUCUGUUGCUGAGGCAUGGUGAACACUGGUGUAAAACACCACCCGGGGUCGACAUCAUACGCGCUGCGAUCUCGGCGAUUCCGAAAAUAGUCUGCGAGACGAUCCACGCCCUGGAGCUGCACGAUGAGACGCCCUCGUGGAAGAUCAUGGACAAUAAGGGACGGGUCACGGUGGUGCUGCACUGGGACCAGCGANGGAUUAUGCUGUUCCUACCCUCGAGAAUCCCUCAGGAUCUGCACGGUCCCGAUGUCCCUUUGAUCGCGGGACUGUUUGAGACCGAAAUUCUAACGUUUGAGAGUGCAACACCGGCUCGGCUCGAACCGUUCGCGAGAUCACCGUAUCGGUCGGUUUCUGUGCAGGAGUUACGGGCCAAGAGACCUUUUAAGAUAUGGGACAGCUGGCGUAACGUGAGAAAGGGACUGUGUGUUAGCACUUUCGAGGAACUGGUACAUCAAGGCAAAGAGAAGCUGGGCGUGCCACAGAACGAGAAUGUCUCUGUAGUGUUGGAGUCGGACGGGACGCAGAUAGAGGACGGGGAGUACUUUAGGACCUUACCAAACAACACGAUCCUUCUGUUGCUGAGGCAUGGUGAACACUGGUGUAAAACACCACCCGGGGUCGACAUCAUACGCGCUGCGAUCUCGGCGAUUCCGAAAAUAGUCUGCGAGACGAUCCACGCCCUGGAGCUGCACGAUGAGACGCCCUCGUGGAAGAUCAUGGACAAUAAGGGACGGGUCACGGUGGUGCUGCACUGGGACCAGCGAUCGUCGACGUCGUCCCAGGGGCAGCAGCAGCAGAAGGGUCAAGACGUGCAGGCCUCCAAGUACUCGCCGACCAAGAAGACCGAUCUGAGCGGUGGCCAGCGGCCGCCGUUGGUCAUCCAGACGAGCCUCGACCAGCUCAACUACGGGGGGAAGCUGGGACACCUGGCGGCGGAGGUCGGGCCGAGUCGAUACACCAGCCCCCAUAUCACUGUGAUAAAUCAUGACGACAUGCAGCAGCAGUCGUCCGGGCUGCAGCCGCAGCCGCAACCGCACGGGAUCCCGGGCAGGCUGGUGAAGCAGGGUACCAACUCGUUCGACAGCACCACGAUCCAUAUCCACACGCCGGAGUGCUCUAACCACAUCCAUCAGCCGGUGGCGAGGAACGGGAGCCCGGUGAACGGCGCCGACGGUGGUCCCAGCGGCGAGUGCGACUUCCACUGCUGCGCGCUCCACGAGGAAGGACGGAGGAUCGCCGUUCACAAGUCGGUGGCCACCUCGCCGAUCCAAGACGCCCAGCAUCAGCAGUACCACCACCACCCGCACCAGCAGCAGCCGCAGCAGACGCAGACGCAGACUCCCUCGCCGCAGCCGCCCUCCUCGUUGUCCGACGGCACGAGACGGACGGGACUUAGCAAGGGCCACGUGCGUUUCUGCGACACGGCCGACGAGGAGUCCAGCUCGAGAAUCAGCGGAUCGGCCGGUGCCGGCGGUUUCCAUCUGCCGCAUCAUCAGAACCAUCACCAGGAGCACGACAGCUCCGAGUCCGAGACCGAGAACACGAUGAUCGAAGAUGAGAUCGUCACCUCGGAGAAGUUUCUAUUGCUGAUCGAUCAGCUGACCGUCGAUCAGAAGCAUCUGAGCAUCAAGGAUAUCGGGAUCAUCCUAGAACGGCUCAGCUCGAAGAUCCUCGACGUCGAGCGGCUGGAUCGCGAGAGCGAAAGUGAGGAAUGUUACAACUGGACGAUCAAGGCGAUCAUCAGGGGCGACGUGUUGAGGGAACUGGGUGUCAUCUACAACGGGAACUACUACGCGAUCUCGGAGCAUCCCGGAUACAAGGAGGAGUCCGAGGAGAAUAACGAAGAUAACGAAGAGGAAGAGGAGGAUAGACUUUAAUAUGAUGCUGUUUCUCUAGAUAGAUAGAUAGAUAGAUAGAUAGAUAGAUAGAUAGAUAGAUAGAUAGAUAGAUAGAUAGAUAGAUAGAUUAUACACUUAUUAAUGGAUAUUAUUAAUAAUAGUACGUACGGAGGGGGACGAUUCGGAUAACCGGGAGUGCGGAGAGCGAGGUCAAUGACGGAAGAGAGGAGGGGGCGUGGGUCGACCGUGUGAGAUUCAGAUCGUAGGUUUUCCGGAUACACCGCGCGCGGGGGACGUGAACUUUUUUUUCAAAUGUUUUCGUAAUAAAAACCGAGAGAGAGAAUGACUCUGGAUAAACGAGGCAAGAUGAUAAACUAAUACGAUAACAUUAUAAACUUAGUUUUAAAAACGGUUGUUGAAAUAUGUAUUAUUAAAUAGUAUGUAUACAUGUAGAGAACAUUUUUGGGAUUACGGACGAGGGUUCCGUAACCGUCCACACCACUGCCCGAACGACAAAAAUAAAGAAUCGACGGAAGAGCGUUGACGAAAGAAAAUAUGAGAGAGCGAGAGCGAAAGAGAGGAGAGAGGAGGAGGAGGAGGACAAGGCAAACGGGAGAGACACGCGUGAUUACCUGGGAGAUUCUCGCGUCGGAGUCGGGCUCUCGUUUUCGCUCUGUCGGAGUGACGACACCGUCUCUGUCCGGUGUACGAGAAAAAUGUUGUUCCUCGCCAGUCUGUAAGAAACGAAUUAAAUCAACUGCCCGACUCUCGUUAUACGGUGAAAAAGAUACACACACACACAUACACACACACACACACACACACAGACACGGAGAUACACACGUUGCUCCACACACGCCAUACUCACACACGCGAGGGGGAGAGAGAAAAUACGUACACACCCGCGACACGACGAACCGUGUAUCGCGAACCUUAAUGUCUGAUGUCACGUUAGCGUUUUACGCGACGUGCAUAAGUGAUAUAAGCAUGAAUCGCGCGCCGUACAUAUUGUUGGGCGUGUGGGAGUAGAAGGAAGAAUUUGCAAUUUUAAUAUAUUUCUAUUGUAAGUAUAUUUGACACGACGAAAAACUAGUCUCGAAACGUAACGCAACGCGACGUCGUGCGAAAAAUUGUCACACUUUAUACAUAACGUGUAUAUAUAUACUAUAUAUAUAUAUAUACACACUAUAUAUAUAUAUAAAUAUAUGCAUAAAGGAUUACUCCGUAGAGAGGACUCGGUGCUCGACAUUAAGAAAUAGGGAAGUCGCGUUCAGUUCUCCGUUUGGUUUAUCCGGUGUAGGCGGAACGGUUUCUUCGGGACGCUACGUUCUAUCCUCGAUCUCUUCGAUUCCGAAGCUCGUUUGAAUCGCACGGCGUACUACCGUUACGCCUCGUUUACUACAGAGAGAACGAAAUUUGUUUCAACGAGAGUCGUUAAGCCUUACCGUAUCGAACGUUGCAUCGAUCAUCGGACGGAACCGUCGCAUCGGGCGUUGCGAUGCUCGUUACACGAAAUGUUGAUCUUUAUCACGGCGUACGAUGCAAAUGAGUUAAGGGGAGCUCGGAGAGCGAGGAAGAACGAGACGAGAAACCGUGGGGGAUGAGAAACAAGGGAGCGCCUGAGCGAAUGAGAGAGAGAGAGAGAGAGAGAGUGAGAGAAUGUGCGAAAAGGGAUAAGACGUCUUUUGUCGCGCGGAAAUGGAUGUUCUUUUUUUUCUUCCAGCCGAUUUAGCGGCGGGGGGAGAGGGAGAGAGAGAGAGAGUGCGUGCGUGUGUCUAUGUGUGCGCGCGCGCGCGCGUAUGCUUUUACGAAUUUAACGUGCUCGAGGACGACGAGUUCUUCCGAGGGACGCGCGUUUGCGAGUCUCUUCUUUCGUAGUGCCACUUGAAGACAUGCAAAUUCGAGGCGAAGGGGAGUAACGAAUAAAAAAAAAAAUAAAAGGAUUGUUAUAAGUUGUAACUGUUGUUUUUGGUACGUGCGUACGAGGGAGAAUGAUUUGUAGCCUUCAUCCUUUGAUCCUUUGCGCGUUCUCAGCUUCCCUCCCCGUUCGAGGAAAGAGAGAGAGAGAGAGAAAGAGAGAGAGCGACCAUCUAGCCGAUGCGAUUACCUCUGCGCGAAGAGUGUGCGAAAGGGCGAUGCGUGCGAAUGAGAGGAUAGAUAUGCGCGUGUGGGUCCUAUCGAUUGUCGCACCGCGAUCGCAAUUGAAGGUAAGGGCGGAGGAGGAUUAUAUAUAUACAUAUACAUACAUAUACGCAUAUACGCGCGGCCGAGUGGGUAAAAUAAAAGAUGAGAGAGGAAUAAAAAAAAAAAAAAGGAAGAAGAGAAGAAGUGAAAACAAAACGUUAAUUCGGAACACGAGUCUUCCCUCGCGCGAGACGACUCGUCUCGUGCCACGAGAAUUACACGAAAGAGACGUAAAAUAAUUACGAUGUGCAAUCCUAUUACGUACACUGUCGAAAUGAAACAUAACAAGAAAAAAAAAAUAUGUAGCACGAGAGUUAAGGUUUUUUAAGUGACUGACUUUUUUAACGACGUUUUAUCACGUUACGGAGUAUUAUUAUAUAUAUAAAUAUAUACAUACGGACGAAUAUAAAUGAUUAUAAAUACAUCGUAUAUAUAAAUAUAAAUAUAUACAUAAAUAUAUAUAUAUAUAUAUAUGAAAACGAAUAUACACACACGAGACACGUUACACACGCAUUACGUACUACCUAUAUUAAUAGCGUAAAGAAACUGUGUGCGUGCGAGGGAGUGUCUGACGAGUGCCAACAAGAAAGAAUGUAAAUAAUAAAGAAUCAUAUGAUACAUGAGA